AUGCUGUCCUCUCGGCACAGACAUUGUCCGCGUGCAGGUAGCACGGCAACUGCACUCCGACGCGAACAGCGACUACGUCAAUCCGGUCGUAGUGAUCAGUCCUACAGUGACGAAAAAGGAGGCGGGGGUGACGAGGAUGAUGAUCUGGACGAGGAGGACGGAGUGCAUGUCUCACUUCGAUCCCGUGUGGACCACGAAAGGAAUGUCCCGACUGAGAAUGGGGUCGUCAUCAGUUCAAACCCAGUCCGUGCAACCGAGUUUCGUGAAUCGUCUGAUACGAUUGUGCCACUUCAUUCCUCGAAUGGCGAUAUCGGAAACGGAAUAGGCUUCACUAAUACAAAUCACGUCGGUGUGGUACGCACUUUCAGUCCAUUCGAAUUGACUAAUCGACGAACAGCGCCGGCCACCGAUCCCUACCAACGUGUCCGAUAUAGUCAGCUCCGAUCAACUCUUCAUGAGGAUGUGGAUGAUGAGGAAGAUGAAGAAGAAACUCCGAAAGACGAAGGUGUAUAUGAAAGAGAUCAGGAGGAAGAUUACACAAUUCAAGAUCACGAGUACAUGCCAGCUUGCACAAUUCAUGCGACUCGGGAUGGAGAAUACUGUACCCGUGAGCCUGUACCACCCCGCCCGUUCCAUCGCACGAAUCGACGUCUGCCUGCAUCCAGUCCGGGUUUGAUCAACCGUCGAUCCUAG